CUUUCUUAUUUGCCUCAUGCUUGCAUCAGGAAUAGCGGCCAGUGUUCUAAAUAAGUAUAUAGUAUCACAGCUACACAUAGAAGGAAAGUUUUUUAUUUUAUCCAUCCAAACAAUUUUUCUUCUUCUCCUUCUUUCUAUUAUAAACCUCUUUGUUUUUAGCACAGACGCCCUUAAAAGCAUUUCAUUUUCAUCAGCUGGCCCCUGGAUACUCUCUGCUGUUUCCUUAGUUAUCAUGAUAUAUUCUGGGCUGGAGGCGAAUGCACGCCUUUCUAUUUCUCUUUUCACUGUUCUAAAAAAUCUUACAAUCCCAAUUAUUGCUGCACAUGAUGCACUGUUUAAUAAUUACAACAUAACAGUUCUUACUAUUAUUUCGUUUUUUCUGGUUAUUAUAAGCUCCUUUUUAGGCGCAUACUCUACUGACAAGAAAAGAAAAGAUUCGAUUUCAUUUAUGGGUAUUGUUUGGAUGACACUUAAUUGCUUUUCAUCUGCAUCAUAUAUCAUUCGAUUCAACCAAACGAUACGAGAAACCAAUAUAAGCAGCACACUUGCUGCCUGGGUGGUAAACGCCCUUGCAUUCCCUCUAAUUCUGGGUUUCUUUGCUGUAGAAGGAACAAAGAGUAUUAAAUCCUCUAAGAUUAAAGAUCUACUUGUUAUCGCAGUGUCUGGUAUUGCUGCGUGCUGUAUCUCUGUUUCCAAUGCGCAGGCGGCAUAUACAUUCUCUACCACUACAAUUGCUGUAAUUAACGCACUAAAUAAACUCCCUAUUGCAGCAAGCGGGGUGAUCUUUGGGUUUGAAACAACAGGGCACUCCCUUAAAUGGAUUGCAGUAUUUUUAGGAGUAACCUCCUCUAUACUCUAUGCAGCCUCUCGCAUGCCCUCCUACCAGUCGUAAUGUAAAAUAUAAUUUUCUAUUGUUUUGCUUUACUUUGUAUAUCAUUUGAAAUUCCCAU